GAGAGAGAGAGGAGGAGAGAGAGGCUGAUUGUGUUUGGUUUAUCUAGUAUUUUGAAUAACUUCCAAGUCAAAAGAGCUAUGUUUAUACAGUUUUGUUCCGUUUUAUUAUUGAAAUCAAACGGAACACAAAGACAGAAUUCAGGCAACAUUUGCCUGAAAAUACUAAUUUCCUUGCUUUCAGUAUGGUAGGAGUUCGCCCUCCGGAACGCUUGCAAACAAGUGCGCUCUACGCAUGGCUGAAAGCACUAAACGCAGCUGUAAAACGGGGCGAGGGAGUACGAGCCCCCUUGCCAGCCCCACCUGCCCUGUUGGCGGCCGCCCUAAACCAAGGUGCCUCGGGCCUUCGGGAGGCAGUGGUGGCACGCCUCGCAGUGGCAGCAGUCACGAGUGGCAUCAGCCGGCUGGAGGUCCACCUCGAACAUCCAACUCUCAUAGAAGCAUUGCUCGAGACCCUGGAUGAACAUCCCUCUCAGAUUACGACGCUGUCUCUCAGCUUCGGGCCCAGGGCUACCAUCGGAGGCCUUCUGUGCAACGCCCUCAAGGGAAUGCCCUUGCUGACAUCUCUGACGCUCACGCCCGUCGCCACGGAUGGACACCUGGCUGCUCUUUCUUUGGCUUCGCCGCCCCUUCAGAGUCUAGAUAUUUCUUACUCUAAAGGGGUGACUGAUAAAGGCGUGCGUGCCCUUGUUGGCCUCAGCGAUGACACAAGGACCAUGAAGGAACUCGUGGCUGGAAGCGGUAAACACCAAGAGGGGGAAGCUAUAAAGCACCCAGGUGGAACCCUAAACACCGUUAAUCUCUGGGGCACAGACGUCACUACGAGAGGCUGCGUGACUCUGCUCAGCGUCUGCCACGGCAUCGUCGCCCUGACUUGCCAGUGGGCCGGGGAGGCCUUAGACAUAGUAGUCAGAAGUGGGAGGCAGAACAAGCUUUCCCUCAGUCAGCUGUUGCUGGCGGAGGCAGCCUUGCCUCCCCUCGAAUCAGUGGCUGCAGUUUGCCCGAAUUUGAGUUCCCUAGUGGCCAGGCGGCCUCCGCAUCCCGUGGGCGUCGCCGAAGUGAUGGAAAAGCUGCCGUCUAUCACCGCCCUCACUCUGCUUCAGUUCCUGCCGGACUCCGACGUCUUGUUACCUCGCAGCCCCACGGACGUCACUCGGCAGCUCACCUGCCUUCACCUGUCUGUCCUGGAACCCCGCCAAGUUUCUCUCUCAAUUGUAGCUCAAACUUUCCCCUCGCUCACUUUUCUGAAACUGGAGGGUGUCAUUCCAACACUGCCGUAUCCCCUGCCUGAUGUGCCAGCGUCAAGGAUAGAAAACUUAAGCUUAAUCACGCCCCUGACGCGGAACUAUGUGAUAGAAGCUGAUGUAGCGGUUUGGGCGAUUGUCUGGGCCGCCUUGGCUUCCUCCAUCAGCCUCGGCUCCUGCACGGACCUCUUGGAUCAGCACUUGUCGGAGGCCAUUACUAAAGGCGCUUUGAAACAGGUGGAAGACUUGAGAAUAUCCGGAGCCGCCCGAGUUACGGACGCUGCCAUCGAGGAGCUGGUUGAUUCCUGUCCCAAUCUCCACCGCCUCGCCUUCAAGAUGCUGCCGAAGGAGCGCCUGGCCGACCUUGAGGCUCUGAAGGUCAAGUUCCGCCAAGAUAACCUCGAUCUGGAACUAAUCACUUACGGCUGGAAGUUUUGAUUUUUUUUUUUUUUCGAAUGUUUUUAUUUUUACGAAAGUUCAUAUUAAAAUAUGCUCUAUGCGGGUAAACGUAUGCGCACAUUCCUAAUAUGAUGUCCAAAAAAUGUUUAUCAGUAUAUAAAUAUUUAUAAGAAACCCAUCAGAUUUUUUUUCUUUUUUUUCGAUUUUUUUUUUAACGAAAGUUAAUAUUAAAAUAUGCUAUUCGCAUGCGGGUAAAUGUAUGCGUGCAUUCUUAAUAUGAAAGUGUCCUAAAAAUGUUUUUUGGUAUUUAUAUAUUUAUAAGAAACCCAUUAGAUUUGUCUUUUUUAAUGAUUAUUAUUUUUUUGAAUGCCGUCUUUAUCGAGAAUUUUUUUUUUAAUGUCGUCUUUAUCGAGAAAUGACUUAGGAAUUUUUUUUAUAAAGUAUUAUCCCUACCAAGUCUGUAAGUUGAGGUAACAAAAUGCUGAUGGCGCAUGGUGCUUAAUUAAAGAAAGAAGUUAUUUUGAAUUAAUCAUGAAAUGGAUAUCGUAAGUGCCUUUCCUGAACGGCAUUUUAAUCUAGUCAGGUGCAUCGCAUAGGUUAGAGUAGAUGAUAAUCGUGUGAUUACAGUUAUCUGUCUUUCUGUGCAAGAUCGCAUAGAAAAGCUCGCAAACACACACACAUAUACACACACUCAUUCUUACAUAAUUCCUGUAACUCUUUGAAUACGUCUAUCAUUUCAUUCAUAGGUAAUAAUUGUUUAACAAUGUGAUUACCCGAAGGAACAGGGUUUAUGAAAAAGUACGAUAUUGCUUUUCCUCUCAGUAUUAUCGAAGUAAUUACCUUCAUUCCAUACGAAUCAGCAAAAUGAAUUUUAUUUAUUAAUUUCUCGGUCAUUGUGAGCUCUAUUCAAAGUAUGUAAAUUGUACUUGAAAAUUAAUGAUGGUUCACAAUAUAUUUAUUCACGUGCAAAAGAAUAUACACAUCUUUAUUGACUUUCUCUCCUAGAUAAUCCAUCACGUAUUUUUUUUAUAUACGUUCUGUUGUAUCAUUUCCAUACAUUUAAAGGAAAUCUCGUUUCUCAUGGAUGGGACUGUGAUAUUAAACUUUUUAUCCCCAUAUUUCAUUAGUAGUCCCCUCAAAGUUUCACUGACGUAAAUGAAAUUGUUAGUUACUAUUCCGUACCCUGAAUAUUAAAACAACGUAAGUCGUGCGCAAAUAUUUUGAUAAAUUAUACAAGAGUGUUAUCAUCAGUUAUUGAUUUCAGUAUAAAAUGUAUACAGCGUUUGUGUUCUUUCUUACAUUGUGUUUAUCGGAAGUAGGAGUGGAAGUUAAUCGUGAUUCUUUAAUGUGUCAGAGAAGCAACACUUUUGUAAGUUAUUUUUUUCGGUCCCUCUUGUUGUUGUUUGAGAUUAAGGUGGCCUUAUGCUAACAAGGGCUCUUGCUCCUAGAGCAACCCGUAGACAAGGUCCCACCUUUUAUAUGAUUUGUGUACGUAUAUUGGCUGUGUUCUUUUACUCUUGAUUUUUUUUUCUCAAAAAUGUCUCCAAAUUUCUGUUCGUCCUGAUGUUACGCUCAUUGUAAAUGCUUUCAGUAGCGGCUUUUGUUUAUGCACUAUUUUUAUAAUUACCAAAAUUACCACUCCGUUUCGAUCUCCUUUUCAUCGAAAGCUCACUAGAAUUAAAAUCUUGUGAUACGAUUGGCACGAGAACUUUUAAAAAAGCUUUACUAGUUCUGAUAUAGAUAAAAUUACCUUCCCCCCCUUUUUUGUGAAGGACUUUGAGAGUAUAACUGACGAAUUAAAUAGUGUUUGUCCAGUGUUGAUAAGAGAUAAAUCCAUCUUCAUGAGUGCAAAGACUUAUAAUUCUGUCAGAGGGCAUUUCAAGUCGUCCAUGAGUGUUGCUUAAUAAUGAUUGAUAAUAAUAAACAAUAACAAUUAAUCAACUGGUGAGAAUUCCGCACAGAAAGCUAUGCACAAACCUAAUGCUUUGUUAUUUUCAGCCUAUGGGUACUACCAUAUAAAACCGUACGAAUACGCUAGAGAAGUUGUAAGCUGUUUUGUAAUUGAAAAUGUGAUACAUUUUACCUUUUUUUUAUGUACUUAAACUUUAUUUAAAAUUUUAUUUAAUUUCCCAAAUGAGAAAAUCUCCAGUGCAUUAAAAAAAAUGAAAUUUGUAUUUUCAAUUUAAUUCUAUCUUCAUAAAUGUGCAAGUGUAUGGUAACGUGCAGUAUAUUGUUCGUGAUUGUUGUUGUGCGUUUUUUCUGUGUAUUUCUAUGAAUGUUUGUUGGUUUCUGCAAAGUAAAAGAACCCGCUGUUUGUGAAGUGGAUAAUUUGAAUGUUAAUAAGGAAACGGCAUCUUUGAAUCAUUCGGUUUUAUAACAUGUUCAUUGUGUGUAUAUAUAUAUAUAUAUAUAUAUAUAUAUAUAUAUAUAUUCAUAUAUAUAUAUAUAUAUAUAUGUAGAGUUUCUUGUAUUAUGCAUAAAAAAUCUCUUUUCUUAAUGUUUAUUUCAUAUAGAUUAUUGUCACCUAACUCUGUCGAACUGAGAGUGUGCAUAAACAUCUCAUUCGAAUUAUGGAUGAACAUAUAUAUUAUCCUUAUUAUUAUUCAGAUUAUCCUUAUGCGAAUUCAUUGAUGACAGCGUAAUGUCGUUUUGAAAUUGUAUCGAUUUUGUCCUUGAAUACGAUGUGUUUGUUAACUUUCUCCACGUACACGUUUUACUACAGUUAUCUCAGUAAGAAUGACAUAAUACAGUGCAAUGAAAGUGUGUUCCGGAUUUUCGUAAAGCUUUUUUUUAUUUUCCCCGAAGCUGGUUCUUCAGAGCUGUCUGUCGAGUCGUUUUAUUUGGUUUAAAACUUUUAGAACUUAAACCAGUUUCACUCAACUAAGCCACCAUAUACAUUUGUUCGGCUUACUUCAGACAUUCUUCCUGCAUUACUCUUUAUCGCAUUCCUGAGGCCUUUCUCUUCUUGUCCAUUAAACUUUAAAUCAUCUCUACCUUUUGCUACGGAAUGACGACGUCUGUAGUCCUAUGACUGAGCUACUAGGGGUACUCGGUAUCUGAUAGUAAAACUGAAUUUUCACCUAUUUUUGAUGAGUAUUAGUUCAUCCUGAGUAUUUCCAGAAGAAUUACUCGAAGAAAUGACUGAAAUAUUUCAAUGCUUGAUAAAGAGGUGGCGUACUAAAUCUAUAAAAUAACACUGAGUUUGUUCCACUAUUUUCAUAUUUUGUUUAUACGAUCGACAUUUCGUCUUUGUCAAAAUUAUUUUCUCAAGGGUUGCUCCCUUAUUUUGAAGUAAAUUCACAUUUUUUUCAAUUUAUAUUUUCUUACCUUCUAGUACCAUAGUAGAUCCACAUCACCCAUGCAUCUGAUGUCUAGGCCAGUCCCUUACAACGCUCCUGAUU